AUGAGCCAAGAAUUAGUGCGAGAAAAAGAUGUCUCUACCGAUACCGCCAAUAGUAAUGCCUGGUGCUGUACUGCCCUGUGGGAUUCCACAACCCAAAAACCCAUACUACAACCCAUUAUCACUACUAGUACUACUAGUACUAGUACUACUGGAUACCAUGAUGACAUGGAUGAUGAUAUCAGAAGAAGAAGAGACACUUUGGUAGUCAAUGGACUGGAUCUCACUACAGCACCCGAUUGGAUGGAAUGGAUUGCAAGUUGCGAGGACCGAGAUUCCGAUGAGGGAGGAGCUGGAGCCUAUGACACGAUGAGAUGUGAUUUGAUUGUCUUUCACAAGGGCGAAGAAGCGACGAACGGAGACAGACGACACUCUUGUUGGGGAGAAGACUUUCAUUUGGAUCGACUCCAACAGUCUUAUCUGUCAUUGCUCGAGUCGCCACAACGGGACCAAAAAGUGCCCACAGACCAAACCCUACAAAUGGCACGAGAAGAAUCCAAAUUAUUGCUGCAAGCAUUGAUACGAGAGGCAAAGAAUUCUUGUGCUUGCAUGGGUCUUUCUGCGGCCAGCUUGCAGCAGCAACAACAACACGACAACAACCCCCAUCAAACUUGGAUUCAAAUCCUCAAACUGACCUUACUAUGGUCCAUUCCCAAAACUACUAGACAGCAACAACAAGAGUCAUCCAUUGUGGUCCGUGGUCAUGCUUGUUCCAAUGGCAAGUUGGAUUCCGUCUUUCAGCCCGUCCAACCCAUUGUGGUCACGGGGGCCAUACUAAAACAACAGAAUCAUGAUGUGGACAAAGACCUACUACCUACUCGUUUCCAAAACCCACAAAGCAAGGUGGCGUCAUGGUGCAAACAGCGCAAAAAGAUGGACAAUCCAGAAACCUACAAACCACCCGGAGUGUCUGAAGUUCUCAUGCUCAAGCAAAAUAAUGACGACUCUUUGGAACUACUGGAAGGACUCUCUUCCAACGUCUUUGUCGUCUACAAAGAUGGCACAUUACGGACGGCUCACAAAGGAGUCCUGUUUGGGUAUGUCAGACAUUUGGUCCUGCAAUUUGCUGACAAGUGCAAUCUGCAAGUGGAUACCACCAGCGCUACUCUACAAGAUGCCGUAGAUGGCAAAUGGUCCGAAGUAUUCAUUACUUCCUCGUCUCGCUUGAUUUAUCCCAUUAGUCGCAUUCUUCUGCUCAAGAAGGUGGACGAUGGUAGUGGCGGAUUUGAAGAAUUCUGGCGAGAUCCGAGGCUGACGGCGACAAACGACGAGGGAGCUCUUUCGCCGCCACUACCAAAAUGGCAGGAGUUGUUGGAGGAGAUUCUUCGAAGUGCGGGUUACGAAAAGUAA